AUGAUGGACCGCUGGCUUGGGAAUAUUAGAAGGGUGAUUACGGCGAAGAGAGACAAUCAGCAGGUACCAGUGCAGCAGACACAGGGCCAGCAGGAAAGUAGUGAACAAGGAUCUAGCAACCAACAGGAACCAGGACAGCAUGACACUGCAAUGCAGAACUUUUCUGAUUUGGAGGCAGAUAAGGAGAAGUCAAAGAAAAAUAUCGGACCUGAGGCUCAUAAACUGAAUGAUAUGAUUGUUAUUGUGGCUGCAUUUUUGGAAACCGGCAAGUUCCUACUUGCCAUCCGAUAUUGCUCUACAAUCGUCGAGACUGCAUUUGACAAUAAUGAUCCACAAAAUCCAUAUCGUCUACUGUUUCUCUCAUUUCUCAACUUAGCGCAAUUGGAAUCCAAAUUCUAUGACUUCAAUAUUUUUCAACAAAAAUCCGAAUCUCUCAAAGUCGCCUACUCUCGAUGCCAACAAUCCUUCAUGAGAAUAUUGAAAAUGGAAUCAACACACUUCAAGUCUGCUGAAUUGUUAAAUGCUGCUGACGAAUUCGCUCGUUUUACUUGCUUUCGACAGUGCCAUGUGAACAUUCUCAAGUAUUUGGCAAAUCUAGAUGAAAAUGAAACAAUGGAUUGGUUCGAUGUGCUCAAAUCGUUGGAUUCUAAUAUCUUGGCAAUGAUAAAUGAUAGUGACAUUUCUCUACGACUAUGCAAAACGGAUAAGGAAAAGAAAGAAUUUGAAAUGAGCUUGCACAAAAUCCAAAAAGACGAACUUGCAUCAAACGACCAAUUUUGCUUCUCGUGGUUGAAGAAUCUUCGUUACGAAGAAAUCUACCAUCGAACAAACCUCACUUAUCACAUUUAUGAGAUAGAGCCAGCAUAUCGGAAAUUUUGGAAAAAGCUUAAAACGGAUCAAACUGACUUUCUCAUAAAUGUCGUGAACCGGAAAGAAUAUGAAGUGCCAUAUUGGAAGUUAUGCCAAAAGCAACCAGUCGAACCACGUCGAUUUGGUCCUAAGAAUACUGAACUUGAAGAUAGAGAAGAGACAGAAGCCAAAAAAUGUUCUUCAAGUAACGAUUCUGGAUUCGCCGACAAUGAAAUGGUUGUUCCAGUUUUUCCUGGAAGUGACCAAUCAUUCACUACUUUUCAUGCAGAUGCGUUGAGAAGAAAACUCCAGAGGAAACAAAUGCGACUGAAGUAUUACAAUGAUUGUGCUAGCGAAGACUGUCGGAAGAGGGUGCCAGAGCAUCUCAGGAGGAAAAUACGUAUAAUGAUCAGAAAUUCAAUGGCCGAAGCUCGGGAGAUUUGUAUCAAAGAAAUGCGACCUUAUCCUUUGUUGGAAAUCCCCUUCCAUGCCAGUGACGACGAAAACAGCGAUGAUGAAACUGCUCCGAAAGUGUUCACCCGUACAGAAACAGAGAUGACAGUCAGGAACAAGAAAAUGAAACAAUUCGGCUUGCUCGACCCAUAUGGAAUCUCUAAACCAGUGCUCUGGUGGAAAAACGCAAAGGAAGAACUACUGGCAGCAAGAGCAAUAGAAUCGAGUUGUCUCAAAAUGAAUGGAGAAAGCAGUGAGCCGUUCGCCAGCGCUGAAAAGUAUCGUGGAUUUCUGGUGGAGGGAGAACAUGUUCGAAACAGAGUGUUGGAAUCACAGAGAACCUCCAAAUGCAGAGUAUUCAACUUCAGAAAAGAGAUGAAUGUUGAUGAUGGAAUGCUACUGACAAUGGUAGGAAGUAAUACUAUCGAUCCUUUCCCUGCGAUGGAUCCAUUCAAAGAUAUCGUCGUUCCACGAAAAAGAUCUGAAGACCGAUUUGGGCUGAAGUCAUUGUUUCUUCAAAAUUUGAGAAGAAGGUGCGUGGAUGAGCUACUCAUGUUGAUGAUGAUCAUCAAAGGACAUCAACAGCUGCAAGAAGGAAACUUCUUCCGCUGCCUUGCCUAUGUGAAGCUGCUUGAAUUCAAAAUGACAGUUUACACGGAAGAAAUACGUUCAGAGGAAGUACAGAAAACAAACUUUUUCUCAUAUCUGAUGCACAUUUACAAGCUUUUCCUCGGCAAGUACACACUCUACGCUAGAUAUGUUGUUGGGCCAGAAUGUAUGCCAAGGAAACAACUGCAGCUCAUGAAAAAUGAAAGUGACUACAGUUUAGCGGAGAGGUGCUUCGAGUUUUGCAAAAACACAGAUGCCUAUUUUUUCUGCAUUGUCAUUAGAGGAAGAUUGUUCUGUUUCGAAGAAGAUCAAAGACAUGGUUUGCCUCCUUUCGAGCAACUUGAAGAGUACGAGGAGCAACUCGAGUUCUUUUUGAGUUUGGAUAGCGCUAAUAAGAACAUGGGGCAGUAUUGGAGAUCUCAAGUGAAACCGCUUAUUCAAAUGUUGGUGCAAAUGCACGAUAACACCUUAUUAGACCAUAUCGACAAAUGGGAUGGAAAUAAAAUCAUGGCAUUAGUGGAUAAGUUCCCAAUGAUCCUGCCAAACGAAAAAAAUUGGUUACGUCGCGUAGCAACUUAUGCUACCAAUUUGAAAGAAGGAAAAGCAUUCGAAGAAGCCGUAAAGGAUCCAUUUGAUUAUAAUCUUCCAAUUUUAUUCCAACUGCCAUUCUAUGCUAACGGGCUAGCAACUAAGUUUAUGAUUAGAGGCACAACUGAAUUCAUCGAAGAUGCCGUCACUUCGUUUGUUGGAAGAGGUCCAGCCCCUAAAAACGAAGAAUCGUCCAACAUUGAAACCUGCUACGACAGUGAAAUAGAUUGUGUAAUGACCAUUGUUAUCAGUGACUCUCUGCCAAUGUCCCACAAAAUUGUGGAUGCCUUCCUUCCAGAACUCCGGUCACAGCGCAUUGAAAAUCAGGUCAACCCAUUUUUGACAUCAUGCUUUGAAACACUCUUUGGCAAAUCAAUAGAGAAGGAUAUUUAUAUGGUGUCAGUGCACGACGAAAAACCAACUCCAUUCCAAACAGACAAAAUUCACCGAGGUCUGCGUAAACUGAGCAAGACCUUGAAGUCUCAAAACGGAUUUAAUUAUAGUAAACAGUUUCAUGCCUAA